AUUUUUUUUUUCAUAUUGUCAACUUUAUGAAAUGAAGAAUGUACAUAUUUCCUGUUGAUGUGUCAAUGUACUUUUCCAUGGUGUGAUCUUCAUGUAAUAUGAAGAAUGUGCAAAUUUACCACUGACUCUCAUACUUACGAACAUUAUGUCGGUACGUGAACGCAAUGAUGCGUUGAACGUAACAGUUCAAAACGAUGGCGGAGCUGCAAGCAAUGAAGGACAACCUUUUCUUACUAAUAAGGAGAAAAGUAAAGUUAAAACUUACAAAAGACGAUGGUACGUUCUUGCUGUGUUUGGUUUAGCCUCCUUUCUACAAGCCGCCGUCUGGAAUACGUGGGCAACUAUAACCAAGUCAGCAGAGGUGGUAUUUGGGUGGGAGGACAGUCAAUUUGGAAUGUUUGUCAACUGGGGAAAUAUUGCAUACAUCAUCACUGUUUUCCCAGCCAGCUAUUUUAUGGACACAAAAGGCUUACGGGUUUCUAUCCUGAUAUGUACAGCGUUGAUUCUGAAUGGUACAGGAGUCAGGUGUAUUACACAUGAACCUAUUUACGCCACGUGGUUGAUGAAUUUAUGUGCUAUUUUGAAUGGAAUGGCUGGAACUGUACCAGGGGCAGGACCUGCGCAGGUCGCAAACACGUGGUUUCCGCCAAACCAGAGAGCAAGUGCCACAGCUGUAAUUUACGUAUGCAAUUUCUUAGGCUCAGCCAUGGCAUUUCUCAUUGGACCACAGCUGGUUGAUUCACCAAAGUAUGAAAGUAAAACUCAUUUCCAAAAUUAUACACCUACUAUCAUCAGCUUAGCAGAGAAUCUAGAUGUAACAACAACAGAUAAUUUUAGAAACGCAUCAAAUUCAUCUCUAGAAUUGGUUAACUUUACACAUAUGCGUCAAGACAUUAUGCACUUUAUGUAUUACGAAUUUGCUGUGGCGGGACUUUUAUUUUUAGGAAGUCUUUUAAUGCCAUCAAAACCUCCCACUCCACCAAGUGUGUCAGCUUCAACACAGCGUGUUGAGUAUAGGAAGGCUUUAUUGAACAUUGUUCGGAGCAAAUCAAUGUGGUGUAUAGGACUGGUCUAUGGUAUACCAGUAUAUGGAGCCUGGGGAUCGGUCCUUGGUGUUAUUCUGAAACCUGUAGGAAUUGGACAGACAGAGGUUGGAUGGAUUGGUUUUUACUCAAUGAUAGCAGGUUGUGUUGCAGGUCUAGCAGUUGGAAGAUUUUCUGAUAUGUUCAUGAAGCAUAUGAAACUUAUUAGUAUGGUAAUGUUGGCUGCGGCUGGAUUAUCAUUUUUAUGGUUCACACUUUUGAGAGUCAAGAUUAUACCGUUUUCCACAGAGCAAGUUUAUGUCUCAAUCAUUUUUGGAGGGAUGUUUUUUAAUGGAUUCACCCCUCUGUUGUAUGAACUUGGCGCAGAGGCAGCUUUCCCCGUGUCAGAAGGGGUAGCGUGCGGAUUUCUGACGUGUCUCUCCAGCGCAAUUGGAAUUCUAUAUUUAUUAUUACUUCAAAUACCAGAUAUAGGCACAGCCUGGAUGAACUGGACAUUGGUAGGCAGUAUCGGUGUAUCUUUGACUUUUCUGUUCAUAUUUCCAGAGCGGUACACUAGAACUGAUAUAGAUUUGAAUGUAAACAAAACGGAGACUGGUCACCCAGAAACAACGACUGUAGUCAAGCAGAAUUUAUACAAGAAUUCAUGAUAAAAAAAUAUCAUAAUGCC